AUGUUUCUUCGAAGAUUACCAAUACGACCAUUUACCAAUUUUAUAAGAUUCAAUUCAAUACUACCUAAAGUUAAAAAUGUUCCAAAGAAGAAAAUUGGUGCUCAAAAACUAAGAAGAACUGAUCCACAUUUUCAAAAUGAAUCAACUAGUUAUAUACUAUCAUUAUUAAAUGAAUCUGAAAAUAGUUUUAAAACUCUAGAGAAAUAUUUAUCUACGGUUACAUCAGUUACCAUUGGUGACUCUAUAAAUUUUGAUACUUUAAUAUCACAUCUAAAAGGUUAUCAAUUUAAAGUUAUAAUACCCGAAGAAGUUAUAAAUAUUGCAAUUUCAAAAGAUCAAAAUUUAAUGAUUUUAUCAAAUGGUUCAUUAGUUGGCUGGAAUUUGAAUGAAAGUGAAAUGUUAACAAAUUUUUUACCUAUUAUUCAAGAUUCAAUAGAUUCUAAAAAUGAAACAUAUGAAUCUGAAGAAAUUGAUUGGAUUGAAUUAAAACAAUUACCUCAAAAUCCAUUAAAUAAUGGUAAUUCAUAUUUACAUGGUGAAAUUCUAGUUGUGCAAGGUUCUGAUUUAGAUCAAAGAUUAUUAGAUAUGGCUGCUUUUGCAAUUGGUUUAAGUAGAUCAACUAGAUUAUCAAUAUUAGAAACUCAAUUGGAUAAUUUUUUAAAUUUAACUAAACAAAACGCUGAAUUAUUAUCAAAGGGGAAGCAAAUUACAACUUCAGAACAUGAAUUUUUAAAAAUAACUGGUCAAUUAUUUUUAUUACGUGGUAAAUUAAAUUUAUAUUCAGAAUUGAUAGACACUCCUGAUUUAUACUGGUCUGAACCGAAAUUGGAAAAAAUUUACGACAAGGUUUCAAAAAUUUUAGACAUAAAUUCAAGAAUUAGUAUAUUAAAUAGGAAAUUAGAUUAUGCUACUGAUGAACAAAGAGCAUUUUUAUCAGUGUUGAAUGAAAAAAAAUCAACACGUUUAGAAUGGAUUAUUAUUGUGUUAAUUUUAAUUGAAGUUUGUUUCGAAAUAUUCCAUUUUUAUGAAAAGGCAAAUGAUAAAAAAUUGAAACAAAACAAAAAUUAA